AUGAGCUCUAUUAAUUCUUUCAGAAAGCAUGUUAAAGAAAAGCAUUCAAAUCUCACUUUGAACACAAUAAAUAAUUUACAAACGUUGCCAUUAGAACACUCAACAUACCAAAACAACGAAAGCUUGGACGAUACAUUUUUACUUUCAAAUUCCAAUUCCAAAGAAAAUAUUGAAAAUAAUUUGAAUGGUUUAUCCAAUGGCAAAAUACUUAUAGAUUCUGAAAGUUUUCAUAAAAAUGUUUUACAAUUUGUUUCGUGUCUAUAUACUAAUAAUGCUAUUCCUCGUGCAGAAGUUCAACAUAUUGUUUCUCUUACUAUAAAAUUGUUUAAUCAUGAAUUUGUGAAAGAUCUAGAGAAUCUAAUUGUUAAACUAUUAAACACAUUUAAAUGUAACGAAAAUAUAGUGAUAUCUAUUCAGUCUUAUUUUCAUGUUCUUCAAAAUCCUUUUACAGAUUUAUCUUCGGAAUACAAAAGAUUUAAAUAUUUUCAGGAAUCUGGCCAUUUCAUUAAACCACAAGAAUUUAUUAUUGGACUAAAUACUCGAAAAAGAACAAAAGAUUGUAGUUCAAUUGUAGACAAUAAAUCUUCAAAGGGAAUUUUAAUUCCUCUAAGAGAAAACUUAAAAAAAAUAUUUGAAUUACCUAACGUUUUUAAUAAAACUAUCGAAUAUUCAAAAAACCUUAUAAAUAGCCCAAUUAAACAAAACUUCAUUCAAUGCGAAUUGUGGCAGUCAAAACUUAAAUUAUUUAAAGAUAAAAUUGUGUUUCCUUUGUUCAUAUAUUUUGACGAUUUUGAAACCGGAAAUGUGCUCGGGUCUCACUCGGGAACAAAUAAAUUAGGAGGUGUUUAUGCAUCUAUUCCUUGCUUUCCACCAGAGUUUCAAUCUCUAACAGAAUACAUUCUGUUAACUCAGUUGUUUAUGUCCACGGAUAGAAAACAAUUUGGUAAUUCGAUAUUUAAAACUGUUAUUGAAGAGCUUAAUAAUUUGCACAAUGUUGGAAUAAACAUAAAGUGUGGUUCUGAAGUCAAAACAAUAUAUUUUUCUUUAGGUUUGUGUCUAGGCGAUAAUCUUGGUUUAAAUUCUAUGUUUGGAUUUGUCGAAAGUUUCAGUGCUAAUUAUUUUUGUCGUCUUUGUAUGAUUCCAAAAUCUGAAUCCAAAGUUCAGUGUCAAAAAGACAAGAAUAAGCUUCGAAACAGAAUAAAUUAUCAAAACCAACUGACCUUAAAUGACCCAUGCCUGACAGGUAUUAAAGAAAAUUCUAUUUGGAAUACAGUCUCAAGUUUUCAUGUUACUGAAAAUUUUUGUGUAGACAUAAUGCACGAUAUUUUGGAGGGGGUAUGUAUAUUUGAUACUGCUCUUAUUCUUAAUUAUUUUAUUUACGACUUAAAAAUUUUUACAUUAAAUGCAUUAAAUUCGAAAAUUGAAUCUUUUGAUUAUGGGUCAGAAACAAACAUUCCACCUAAAAUACGCGAGGACGAUUUAAAAAAAAAAAGCAUUAAAAUGUCAGCAUCUGAAAUGCUUACCUUUAUUUCAUUACUGAAUUUAAUGAUUGGACCCUGGAUACCAGAAAACAAUACAUAUUGGCAGUUAUAUUUGACAUUGCGAAAAAUAUUAGAAAUAAUUUUAGAUAAGUGUAUUCAACCUGAUUACGAACAGCUCUUAGCAUCACUUAUUUUUGAACAUCAUUUCAUUUAUUCUAUUAAACUAAAACAAACCCUUAAGCCUAAACAUCAUAAUAUGGUCCAUUACCCUCACAUUAUGAAAAUGGUUGGACCUUUGGUACAUAUCUGGUCCAUGAGGUUUGAAUCUAAGCACAGACCGUUAAAAACCACUGCCAAUAUUAGCUGCUCUAAAAAAAAUAUUUGUUUAACUUUAGGUAUAAAAAAUCAGUUACAAUUAUGUUACAAACUUCUGUGUCAUACCGGUUUCGAUGAAACAAUCAAAUUUGGUCCAGUAGAUUUUAUAUGUCCGACUGAUUAUAAAUACAUGACGUUUAUUAAUGGUGAUUUUGAUUAUAUUGAAUCAAUUAAAUGGGUUAAAAAGUUAGGUGUGAGAUUUAAGAUGCACGAUAUCAUCGUCACUGAUAUAAAAGAACUACCCGUUUUUGGCGAAAUUUUGGAUAUUAUAUUUGUACAAAGAGAAGUUUUUGUAAUCUAUGCAGAAUUUAUAACUUUGGGUAUACAUGACCAUUUUCACGCAUUUUAUGUAACAAACUACGCGAAAACUGGACCUGGGUCCAGGGCCCCACUACAUUGGCAUUUGGUGGAGCGGAGGUUAUUGAACGAACAGCCCCCUCAUCGGUGGAUCGGACGUAAAGGGCCCAACAAUUUGGCACUUCAUGUAUGGUCAACACAUUCAACCGAUCUCACAGUGUGCGACUUCUUUCUCUGGGGCUUUAUAAAAGAUAACGUUUAUGAGCCCCAAGAUUUGUAAAAGCUGAAUACACAAAUUGGAACUGCUGAGUAUCUACAAGAUGUUUGCAGCUGGAAGAGGUAAUAUUAAACACUUCUUCUGCGAUAAUGGAACAAUUAGACAAGAUUUAUCCUGCAUGAAGAAAAAGAAUGAAAGCUUUACUCGUCAAUCCCAAACAGAAAUAUUUGACCAA